ACCUAAGUAAGACUUACACACUGAAUUCACAGACUUACUAUCAGAUAUUCAAAAGCACCAAAAAAACAUAAAAACAAAAAUGAACGCUGACGAAAGCUUUUUAACUCAACGUUCCCUAAUCAUGGAUGUGAUAAGGCAGCUGGAGGACAUUCAAAAUGCCAAUAAAAUGGACACUGGUACCAAGGGCAAGGAGGAAAAGAAACCCGAAGUGGACCUUUCCCAGGGAGUAACCAACACUAGUUUUGUGGUCUUUGCUCGAGACAUUCGCAAGAAAUCCUCACGACCAUUUAAAAGGGUUCACAAGAACUCCAACACCAGUCAAAUAUCAUUCAUGCGUCAAAUUGACGCUUCGCCAAAGGAACGCGCUGAAGCACGACGUGAUCGAGAAAAUGUUGCUGAUAGUUUUCGAAGACUCGGCAAUGAGGAGUACCGUCGCACUAACUAUGAAAAGGCUAUAUAUUAUUAUUCAAAAGCCAUUCAGUAUGUUGCGGAUUCACCAGUUCUUUAUUGCAACCGAGCUCUGGCCAAAAUAAAAAAAAGGGAUUUUAAACUGGCUCUUUUUGAUCUGGAUUACGUGAUCUUCAAGCUGGAUCCGAUUCAUCUGAAGGCCUGGCUUUAUAGAGCUGGAGCUCUGGCUCGUCUUAACAAUGAAGAGGAAUCUAAUAAUGCCAUUGCCACAGCUCGAGUCCUUAACAGAUCCAAAAAGGAUCAAAAGUACAUAGACUUUUUCCUAGAGAAACUGAGAACUGAUUUCUAGAGCAAAGAAUGAUUUUGUAUUAACCUUUACUUCGAGUUUUUGAGGCAAAUGAAAAUAAAAAAUUUAAUAUGUUGUAAUA